UCUUUCUGUUUUCCGGAAUUCCGGAAUUUUCAAUUCAAUGUUGUCGCUUCUUUGUCGUGAAGGCAUAUAUUAUAUCUCAUCGUUCACGUCAACCCUAGGCCUCUUCCUUCUGACCACCAUCCCUGAUCCCGCCGCGGCGUCGCGUACCCUCCUUGGCCCUGCCGCUGAGUAGAGUACUCGUUCUGCGUGGCCUCGCUCAGAUCGCGAUAGUCAGAAAGUGAGAGCGCGUGCCGGUGGCGCAAAUCGUAAUCCGAACUUAUUAUCAGCUUCUCUCUUCCCUUCCAGGCGAUGACCGAGACGAUGUCUCCACCUGCAAUCACACCGCAAAAGCGGAAGGCACACCAUUCGCAAGAAGCAAAACCCGACGCGAGCAAUGCACCGAGGGAUUCUUCUGAGGCUCCCAGCGAUGACAGUGAAACUCGACCACCCAAAAAUGAAUACGAGACUGGUCGCGUCAAGUGCGAAGGAUGCGGCGACGAAGUCUCGUUCAGAGACGAGGCCACGGGCGGCUUCACUCUUCAACUUUGGGAAGCGCACCGACUCAACUGCCCGAGUAGUUCGCAGCCACAAAUAGCCCACCCCUUGGCACAGUCGGCACAGGCGAAGCAGUCAGCAGACGUUUCAUUUGACUCUGAACCCCAGGCAAAGCGCCGCCGAUCAAAGCGAACUGAAGAAGAGCGCAUCGAAUAUCUGCGCAGCGACCCUUACGUCGCUCAAUUCGAGGCAUAUCGCGUGUUAUGCGCAUGUUGUGACAAGUGGAUCCGGCUUCGACCGAACUCGACAUACUGCUCUAUACCUUGGGACGCCCACCGUAAGAGCUGUCUAGCGAAAAAGGCUAAAUACUUCCCGGGCGGCGCUAAGACUGUAUGCGACGAUCGUGGUGCCAUCUUUGCUGCAGAUCCCAACGUUCGCAAGUUCGACUCCGAGCGCGUGUUGUGCAGGAACUGCGAAGGCUGGGUCGCCAUCGGCGUCGUCAACAACGAGCAAGCUGCCAAACUAUGGGCGGGGCACCGCGCUUCCUGCCAACGCAACGUUUUCUACGGUCAAGGGAGCAGUGGCCUCGUUAUGAGUGUUGCCCCCAAUCCUGCCCUUCAGAAUGUGCCGCCGCCGCCGAAGCAUUUGCUGGCUUUGGCAUCUUCGUCCUCUCUUCCCCCUCCCGUUCCUUCACCGGUUAACGGGGCAGCGUCCUAUUCGUCUUCCAGUGAUUCGACCACAACCCCUCCCACGACGUCGUUCAAGGACUACAACUCAACGAACCAGGAGUCUCGUCGUCGGACUGCGGAGCAACGUGCUGCGCAGCUGCGCGCCGACCCUCUGGUCGGCGAAGUCCAGCCUACCCGCGUAUUCUGUACUAUGUGCCAUAAAUGGGUGCAGCUCCGACAGGACAGCACAUACUGUUCUUACCCUUGGGAGCAACAUCGGGAGAAAUGUUUGAAGCGACAGCAGGUACAUUCCCAGAAGAACGGCGAGCUGAGACCAUUCAGUAGUCAUUCUACCUCAACUGGGCCCUCCAACAUCGUCAUGCGAUUCGAAGGGGGAAGCGUACCUGGUGAUGCUGAAUCAGAGGAAGGCGUGGAGUCCACGGACGACGGGGAAAGGACGUUGCAUUGGACGGUGCGUCGUGAGGCAAACGAAGGACAGAGUGCAGCGAGCCCGACCAUUCGAGCCCUCGUGAGGCCGGGCGCGGGCCCUCGGGGUUCCUCCUCAUCGACCAUCGAUGGGUCAGAAGGUCCGUGGACCGACAGGAUGGAAGUUGACCGUUUUCCUGUUCGCCUGGCCGACCUUCAAACACCCAAGGGGAGGCUGGAGUACACCCUUCGUGCGGUGACGCACCUCUUCAGUGCGACAUAUGAGUCGACUGACGAGCUGACCAUCGCCGCGCUUGUCACAUUCCUCAACGCAGCCAUGCCGCCCGACAAACACGAGGAUUUUGACACCGCUGAAGUGACGAAGGCGGCGAUGGCGUUGCAGGCACGUGGACACUUCGUCUUGGAGGGCGACGUCCUCCGUAUCCGGAAGUAAGCAAACCGAAAACCGUUCUUGCUCUCGCAUCACGGACAUGCCGAACUUUGUAAACAAUCUUGUCGACGUACGCAUCAUCAUUCCAUCGUCCGCGAACUUGUCUCUCGUGUCACAUCUUGGCCUGGAGCACGUCAUAUAUAUGUACUGGAUGCUCUCGUUGCUUUCUCCUUUCAUACACGCGUUCCGGUUAUACACACGCCAUGUGGUAUUGGACAGUCGCAGCAUUAUUUAUCCAUGGAGUACGUUGCAGCUGUGCUUUAUAGUGUGUACUGUAUACGGUAGGCGAUGGGGGGAGGUCACGGAGGAGGGUUCGUCGAAGUAUGAAAGAAUGUAUAAAAGGGUCUGAGGCGGUUAUAUGACUUGAUAACUUGUGCCUUUGUGGUUCUCAAUACACUCA